AUGGGGAGUAUCGCAGAACAAGGCCGUUUCCAGAUCAAACCGCUCCACAAUACAUUCGCGUGUGAGAUUUCUGGACCAGAUCUUUCUCAGCCACUAUCGGAAGCCGAGUUCCAGGAACUGACUGAUAUCCUUGCUGAGUAUGGAGUGGCAAUUAUCCGCCAGACAAAAGCUACUGAUGAGUCGUUGAUUGCUUUGGGCCGUCAAUGGGGUGAAUUAGACAGCGUAGCACAGCACUACAAGUCUGGAAAGAUCAAGCCACGAAUUCCAUACUACGAGAUCUUCGACGUCGGAAAUCUGAAUGACAAGAACGAGAUCGUCAACAUUCAACAUGAUCCUCAUCGCUCAGCAUCAGCUAACGGGAAUGCUACGUGGCACACUGAUGGCGCCUUCAAUCCACGACGGACAGGCAUAAGCAUCCUUCGCGGGGUGGAACUGCCUCCUCCCGGGACAGGAGGUCACACUGAAUACUUGGACUCACGCCAAGCCUACGAUGACCUAUCUCCGGAAAUGAAGGAGAAACUGGAAGGCCUGGUGACAUGUAAUAGCCUCUAUCAUAACCGCAAGGUCGCAAAUCCAGAUUCACCAUUAUUUAAGGAUAUCAAUGUCAUGGACCAUAUCACCGCACGGCAUAAACUUAUCCAAAUACAUGAGCCUAGCGGGCGUAAGAAUAUAUACCUAUCUUCAUAUGCGCAUCAUAUUGAAGGUAUGGAUAUUGAAGAGGGUCAGGCUCUACUCAAACAGGUCUGGGAUCACUGCUUACAGGAAAAAUAUAUCUUCUGUCACCAUUGGGAGAAUAAUAACGAUGUCGCAUUCUGGGAUAAUACUUGUGUAUUACAUAGAGCGACUCACGGUGCCUAUGAAGGCAAGUUCCGCAGAGAUAUGCGGAGGGUCAGUGUGUUCGACAUGUCAAAAUGGGGGUAUGGGGAGAAUAGAGUUGAGGACGCUAUUGGACAGGCACCAUCCCAGUAG